UACCGAAUGGAAACAAACACCACCCAAGGCGCGCGUCUCGUAUUCACAUUAGAAAAGUAUUGAUCAAGUUGUAUAGAUAUGAAAUCGAGAAGCCGCUCCCGCAGCCGCAGUAAGCGUGAUAAGAAAAGAAGCAACCGAAAAUCAAGCUCCCGUUCCAGCUCGACUUCCAGCAGCGACAGUAGCGCAAGCCCUACUAGCGACAGCCGUAGCAGCAGUGCCAGCAGCGACGCAAGGGACAGGCCUAGCAAAAGCCACAAUGAUCGCAGAAGAAGCGAGGACAAAUCGUCCAGCAGAAGGCGAUCACGAUCGCCGAAGCGGACAGAAGACGUACCCAAAGUGCGCCGGGAUGAAGCCUCGCUAAGAGAGCGCCAUACCGACCGGAGGCGACAAUCGAAAAGUCCCGACCAGAGGCAGCGCAAACGGAAUGAUUCGCGUUCGCCGCGAAGGCAACGCGAAGAAGACUAUUAUCGCAAACGCCGUUCACAGAGCCCUGCCCGGGAGGGUAGGAGGGCUCCAUCGCGAGAUAGCAGAAGAGAGGAGAAGAGCCGCCACGAGGAGGAUUCACGUCGGCCGAAACCAUCGAGGGAGGAAAAUCGGCGUCAUCGGUCCCGUACACCCCGGGACAGAAGGGAUCGUUCCGGGGAACGGACGAGGCGUCCGGAUGAACGAAGGAAUGAAAACGAUGAUCGUGCUGGCAAUGUGCGCCAUCGGUCGCGUAGUCCUCGUGCGCGGCGAGCCUACUCCCGGACCGAUCGCAGAGAACGCCCGGACGAUGACGGUCAGCGCAGCGAAUACGGUGGCAAUCGUGGGCCACCGAACCGCUGGAUGCACGACAUGUACGAGUCGCACGAUUCGGACCGCAACGUCGAUAGAAGCUUCCGCCGGCCAAACCGUGACCCGGUCGAUAACGAUUUCAUGGAAUCGCGCCGGCUGCAGCGCGAGAUAAUUGGUACCGAGGGAGUGCCGGAGGCGUGGGGCGAUUCACCGCCCGAAGGCAACAGCACGGACGAGGAGCUGCAACCUGCCAAGGGGGGCACCACGAAGCACAAGAAAUCGAAAGCUAAGGGCAAGAAAAAAUCCUCCAAACAUCGGUCGAAAAAGGACAAGAAAAAGAAGAAAUCGUCCAAAAAGUCCAAAAAGUCGUCCAAGAGCUCAAAGAAGAAGAAGAAACAGAAAGCGAAGAAAGCAAAGGUCGAAUCGUCCUCCUCGUCGUCCGAUCCUUCUUCCUCCUCCUCGGACUCGUCUUCAUCGUCCGGCGAGGAGGACGAGGAGGUUUGGGUGGAAAAAUCGGAAGCUACGGCCCGGGCGGCCGGCAAGGGUACUGGUUCUGGCGCACAGACGGCCGGCAGCUCGCAGGCCCGCUCCGCCGAGGAGGACGGGGACAAUGUGGUCGGGCCGGUAAAGACGAGCGGCAACCUGAGCCAGAAAGACUUCGGACGCGCACUGCUGCCGGGCGAAGGUGCGGCCAUGGCAGCGUACGUCACGGAGGGCAAACGUAUCCCGCGCCGUGGUGAAAUCGGUCUAACGUCGGACGAAAUCGCAAACUUCGAGCAGGUCGGGUACGUGAUGAGCGGCAGCCGGCACCGCCGCAUGGAGGCCGUCCGUAUACGUAAGGAAAAUCAGAUCUACUCGGCGGACGAAAAGCGAGCGCUGGCCAUGUUCAGCAAGGAGGAGCGGCAGAAGCGGGAAAAUAAAAUCCUCACCCAGUUCAAGGAGAUGAUCAGCGCCAAGCUGUCGGAGAACAAAAAAUGAACUGCCCCGAACUGAGAAGCAUUGAAAUAAACUCACUU